GUGGGGCGGGACAGCGCGCAGUGGCCCUUAGUGCGAACCAUGGGAGGCGGCUGGUGGUGGGUUCGGGCCGCCCGCCUGGCCCGACUCCGCUUCCGGGGGUCGCUGCUGCCACCUCAGCGGCCCCGGAGCGGGGGUGCCCGGGGGUCCUUCGCCCCCGGCCACGGCCCCCGCGCCGGGGCUUCGCCACCCCCAGUGUCCGAACUGGACCGCGCAGACGCUUGGCUCCUCCGAAAGGCGCACGAGACAGCCUUCCUCUCCUGGUUCCGCAAUGGCCUUCUGGCCUCUGGGAUCGGGGUCAUCUCCUUCAUGCAGAGUGACAUGGGCCGGGAAGCAGCCUACGGAUUUUUCCUGCUGGGUGGCCUGUGUGUGGUGUGGGGCAGCGCCUCUUACGCCGUGGGCCUGGCCUCACUGCGGGGACCCAUGCAGCUGACCCUGGGGGGCGCAGCAGCAGGCAUGGGGGCUGUGCUGGCCGCCAGUCUGCUCUGGGCUUGUGCUGUGGGCCUCUACAUGGGCCAGCUUGAGCUGGACGUGGAGCUGGUGCCUGAGGACGAGGGGACGAGCACCACUGAAGGCCGAGAUGAAGCAGGCCGGCCGCCACCCGAGUAAGCCACGGGGUGAAGACCAGCUGGGCACUGGCUGGCCCGGGCUGGAGCACUGGGACAUUAAAACUUGAGCCUUCG